AUGGAAGAGACGAAACGGAGGAUUUUUAUGCAGUAUGUGUUGCUGCUUUUGAUCGGUUGCUUUGCUUCUCAACUCUACGCGUCUUCUGAUGUGAAAUUUUACGAAUCGUUUGACGAAAAAUUUGAGGGGCGAUGGAUCGUGUCUGAGAAGGAGGAAUAUACAGGUGUAUGGAAACAUGCAAAGAGUGAGGGACAUGAUGAUUAUGGGCUUCUUGUGACUGAAAAGGCUAGGAAGCAUGCGAUUGUGAAGGAGCUAGACGAACUUGCAGAUCCAAAGGAUGGAACUGUCGUUCUCCAAUAUGAAACUCGCCUCCAGAAUGGACUUGAAUGUGGCGGUGCAUAUCUGAAAUACCUCCGACCACAGGAGGCUGGGUGGAUAGCCAAAGCUUUUGACAACGAGUCUCCCUAUACUAUAAUGUUUGGACCUGAUAAAUGUGGAGCAACAAACAAGGUUCACUUCAUUUUGAAGCAUAAGAACCCCAAGAGUGGGGAGUACAUUGAACAUCAUCUCAAGUAUCCACCAUCCGUGCCAUCUGAUAAACUAACCCAUGUGUACACUGCCAUUUUAAAACCCGAUAAUGAGUUGCGGAUCUUGAUUGAUGGGGAAGAGAAGAAGAAGGGUAAUUUCCUCUCUGCUGAAGAUUUUGAGCCACCACUAGUACCAGCCAAGACGAUUCCUGACCCAGAUGAUAAGAAGCCUGAAGAUUGGGAUGAGAGGGCAAAAAUACCAGACCCAGAUGCAAAGAAACCAGAUGAUUGGGACGAGGAUGAUGCUGUAAAACCGGAAGGAUGGUUAGAUGAUGAGCCUGAGGAAGUUGAUGAUCCUGAGGCAGCAAAACCUGAAGAUUGGGAUGAUGAGGAGGAUGGUGAAUGGGAGGCUCCAAAGAUUGACAACCCCAAGUGUGAAUCUGCACCUGGUUGUGGCGAGUGGAAGAGGCCAACGAAGAGGAAUCCAGCUUACAAGGGAAAAUGGCACGCCCCUCUUAUUGACAACCCCAGCUACAAGGGUAUCUGGAAGCCUCAAGAAAUUCCAAACCCCGACUACUUUGAGCUUGAGAAACCAGACUAUGAGCCUAUUGCUGCCAUUGGUAUUGAGAUUUGGACGAUGCAGGAUGGUAUCCUGUUUGACAAUAUUUUGAUAGCUAGUGAUGAGAAAGUUGCAGAAUCAUACAGGGAGACCAAAUGGAAGCCGAAGUUCGAAGUAGAGAAAGAGAAACAGAAGGCUGAGGAACAAGCUGCCGACCUUUCAGAUGGUCUCAAAGGGUUCCAGAAGAAGGUAUUUGACAACCUCUACAAGAUUGCAGACGUUCCGUUCUUGAGUGACCACAAGCCUAAGAUUUUGGAUCUCUUGGAGAAGGCUGAGAAACAAGCAAACUUGACGAUUGGCAUCCUUAUCUCAAUCGUGGUGGUUAUCUUCUCAGUGUUGUUGAAGCUCAUAUUUGGUGGCAAGAAGCCAGCAAAAACGGAAGAGAUUGAGAAGACAGAUGUGGCUGAGGCUUCAAACACUGAAGAAGUCACAGAGGAGAAGGAAGAGAAUAAUGAGGACACCACCGCUGUGCCUCGCCGGAGGAGUACCAGGCGUGACAAUUAG